AGGGCGAUGAGAGAGAGUGUGAUUAAGGAGAAGGAGAAGCGUCGACUUGAAAAUGGGGGGAGGUCGACGAAACGCGGAGUCCUCAUCUCCUCCUCCUCCUCCUCGUCGAAACCCUAGCGAAGCCCUAACCCUAAUCCCGCCGCGGAGCUCCGAUGCGGCCGGGCGAUCGGGGGCUGAUGACGCCGCAGGAGGCGGCGGAGCGCGCCAUCGCCGCCGUGGGCUGCGGCUUCGACCUAUGCACCGACUUCCGCCUCUCCUACGUCAAGCCCGGGCGCCUCAUCGACCUCGCCGGCGACGCCUCCGCCCGCCGCGACCUCGCCCUCCCGGGCGGGGCCCUCGUCGCCGGCGUCCCCGCCGCGAUCAAGUGCGACUCCGGCGAGCUCACCCGCUUCUGCUCCGACGUCGUCUCCUUCCACCAGAUGGCGGAGCGGUUCAAUCUCUCGCUCGCUUUGUCGGGGAAGGUGCCCUCGGGGAUCUUCAAUUCUAUGUUCGGGUUCCGAGGGUGUUGGCGGAAGGACGCGGCGUCGACGAAGAGCCUCUGCUUGGACGGAUUGUUUGUUAAGCUGUACAGUGUUGAGAUCGCGAGGUCGGAUAUUGUGUUACCGGAGCGAGUUAAGAAGGACAUUCCGACCUCGUGGGAUCCCGCCGCGCUAGCGGAGUUUGUUGAAAAGUAUGGCACUCAUGUAAUUGCUGGAAUAAAGAUGGGUGGGAAGGAUGUAAUCUAUAUUAAGCAGCAUCAGGACUCUGUUCUUCAGCAAUGUGAGGUGCAGAACCUUUUGAAAAGGUUAGCUAAUGAAACGUUUGCAGGAGAUUCCACUGGAAAUUUCAUGCCAGGUGCUGGUGAGUUACAGAGAAAACUAAAUGAUGGCAAGCUCCUUGAUGGAAAUCGAAGUUCAGCGACUCUGAAGUCUGUCAGAUCAUCAAUCGUCUCUCGCUCAAAGAACGAUGAUAUAGUCAGCAUUCAUGUCAGAAGAGGAGGUCUUAAUACAGGUCAAAGCCAUAAGGAUUGGAUUUCAACCAUACAGCAGUUUCCUGAUGUGAUAUCAAUGUGGUUUGUUCCUAUAACAUCUCUCUUAAAUGGUGUUCAAGGCAUUGGGUUCAUUAGUCAUGCAAUGAAUCUAUAUCUUCGGCAUAAGCCACCAAUAGAAGAACUUCAUCAAUUUUUAGAGUUCCAAUUACCACGUCAGUGGGCUCCAGCAUUUUCUGAGCUACCUCUUGGUCCACUGCAUAAGAAGCAUAGCUUGCCAUUCCUCCAGUGUACCUUUAUGGGCCCUAAGCUACAUGUCAACAUGGUCCAGGUCGAUUCUGGAAACAGACCGGUGACUGGGAUGCGCCUCUACUUGGAAGGCAACAAAAACAACCGCUUGGCUAUUCACCUGCAACACCUCUCAACCCUCCCCAAUACUUUCCAACUGUAUGAUGAUAUCACCUCUGCGGACGAGUUUAACCUAAACCAACAACGAGCCUACUUUGAGCCCAUCAAGUGGACCCUGCUCUCCCAUGUGUGCACGGCCCCCGUUCAGUAUAGUGGGGCGUGCUUCGAUGAAUCCGCUGCUAUAGUGACGAAGGCCUGGCUGGAGGUGAGAGAGAUCGGCGUGAGGAAGGUGCUCUUCCUUCGGCUCGGCUUCUCCAGCAUCGCAUCAAUGAGGAUCCGACGGUCCGAGUGGGACGGGCCCUUCAGCAAUUCUCAUAAAUCGGGCUCGAUCUCAGCCCUAUUUAGUGAGCGGUUCAGCACGGUGGGCCAGGUGCCCCCGCAGCCUCCCCCAGAGGUGGAGGUGAACUCCGCCAUCUUUCCUAAAGGGCCCCCCGUGCCGUUUAGGGUUCCGAGGAUGUCGAGAUUUGUUGACACCCGGGAAAUGAUGAGGGGGCCGGACGACCUGCCGGGAUAUUGGGUGGUAACCGGCGGCAAGUUGUGCGUCGAAAAUGGCAAGAUCUCCCUGAAGGUCAAGUACUCUUUGUUGGUGGCAGUGCUCGAUGAAGAUGAUCUCUGAUUCUCGGUCGCAUAAGUAAAAUGAGAUGGCGCCAAUAUUGAGGUUAGUACCAAAUAAUUUAUCAAUUUCCAUCUCUACCAAUUUACUAAUAAAUAGUUUGCGCUUUGUUGUGAAUAGCUUUUAUCAUUCAAACCGCAUAUAUUUUUCUUAUAUACAGCAACCCUUGUGUAUGUAAGUAUAUACAUUUAUUUUUUAUUUACCUGUGCUUUCCACCAUUUUAAGAUCAUUCUCGAAUUCGAUUUUCCUGGAUCUGCUUAUCAGAAUGUAUACAAUAUAUGCAUCAUUGGUUGAGGCAUAUGAAAUGUGGGGCAAAUGAGGGGUAAUUGCUAA